AUGAGUCGCAGCAGCACAAGCAGCAGAGCUGAAAAGGCAAUGACAAGCAUGCUCUGGGGCUGUGAGCUAAAUCAGGAGAAGCGAACUUGGACUUACAAACCCCAGAUGGAGGGGAAGCAGGACUGUAAGCUAUUGCUUAGUACGAUUUGCUUGGGGGAGAAAGCCAAAGAGGAAAUGAAUCUCGUGGAAAUCCUGCCCCCGGUGAACCAGGCAAACAAGAAGACGCAGCCCAUUAUCAUUGCCUCUCUUCAGGCCUCCAUCCUACCCAUGGUCUCCAUAACAGGAUUGGAGUUUUCUCCACCAGUCACUUUUCAGCUCCGAGCUGGCUCUGGACCUGUGUUCCUCAGUGGUCAGGAACGUUAUGAAACUUCAGACCUAACUUGGGAAGAGGAAGAGGAGGAAGAGGAAGAGGGGGAAGAAGAAGAAGAAGAUAAUGAAGAUGAUGAUGAUGAAGAUAUAUCCGUAGAAGAGGAGACCCCUGUGAAACACAUCAAGAGGCCAGCGCUCCAGAAGCAGAUGAGUGUUGCUAAGAGAAAAAAGCUGGAAAAAGAAGAGGAGGCAGUGAGAUCCAGUGUCAAAGACAAGAGCCCUGUGAGAAAGGUCAAACUCACACCCAGGCCUAAAAAACUUGGAUCCAAGAAGUGA